AUGGCAGCUUCUUGGUUUGCCCUGCGUGGCGGCCGACAGCUGGCCCUGCGGUCGCGUGUUCGUGUUGGUCCUUCUCCGGUCUCUCUGCGAACCGCGUCUGUUGCUCCAUUGAACAUUACUCGCCGAGCUCUGCACACAUCUCAACAUGCGACGACCUCGCCUAUUCGCCGUGGUGUGUAUACCAGCUCCGUGAACGCCCACGGUGAUCCUCACCCCGAGGAUAUCUUCCAGCCCCUCGACACUUUCCCCCGCCGUCACAUUGGCCCUUCUCCCGAGGCUGCCUCGGAGAUGUUGGCUGUUCUGGAUCCUCCUGCGGCCUCCCUUGAUGAAUUCGUCAAGCAGGUCCUUCCCGAGGAUAUCCUGUCCAAGAAGGAUCUCAAGGUUUCCGAGCCCCAUGCCGACAUUAACCUGUACCGAUCUCCCAUCCAGGGUGGUCUGGGUGAGACCGAUAUGCUCAAGUUGCUCGACACCUACCGCAAGCAGAUUGAUAUCUCUGGCAAGACUUACAUCGGUACUGGUUACUACCCCACCAUUGUGCCUCCUGUUAUUCUUCGCAACGUCCUCGAGAACCCGGCCUGGUACACCAGCUACACUCCUUACCAACCCGAGAUCUCCCAAGGUCGUCUCGAGUCUCUCCUGAACUUCCAGACUUUGACCGCGGAUCUCACUGGUCUCCCCUUCGCUAAUGCCUCCGUUCUCGACGAGGCUACUGCCGCCGCCGAGGCCAUGACCAUGUCCUUUGCCACCAUGCCCGCCUCCAAGCAGAAGAAGGCCGAAAAGUCCUACGUUGUGUCCCAUCUCUGCCACCCUCAGACCAUUGCCGUCAUGCAGUCCCGUGCCGAGGGAUUCGGAAUUAACCUCGUGGUUGGUGAUAUCAUGGCCAAUGACUUCCAGCUGGUCAAGGACCAGGGUGAUCACUUGAUCGGUGUUCUGGGCCAGUACCCCGAUACUGAGGGUGGUAUCAACGACUUCCAGUCUCUCAGUGAUUCCAUCCACACCCAGGGUGGUACUUUCAGCGUUGCUACCGAUCUCCUCGCCCUGACCGUCCUCAAGGCUCCCGGUGAGUUCGGUGCCGACAUUGCGUUUGGUAGUGCCCAGCGUUUGGGUGUCCCCAUGGGCUUCGGUGGUCCUCACGCCGCUUUCUUCGCCUGUGCCGACAAGUACAAGCGUAAGGUCCCUGGCCGUGUCGUCGGUGUCUCCAAGGACCGUCUGGGCAACCGUGCCCUUCGUCUGGCUCUGCAGACCCGUGAGCAGCACAUUCGUCGUGAGAAGGCUACUAGCAACAUUUGCACUGCCCAGGCCCUCCUCGCCAACAUGACCGCCAUGUACGCCAUCUACCACGGUCCCGUCGGUCUCAAGUCCAUCGCCCAGCGCAUCAUGUCCAUGACCUCUCUGCUCCGUGAGAAGCUCGUCGGUCUGGGCUACAACAUCCCGUCCCGCUCCAACGUCGAGGGUGGUGCCGUCUUCGACACUCUUGCCAUCGAGCUUGCCGAUGCCUCCGAGGCUGACGCUGUUUACGCUGCCGCUCUCAAGGCCAACAUCUUCCUCCGCCGUCUCGAUGGUAACAAGGUCGGUCUCUCCCUGGACGAGACGGUUGGCCGUGAUGAGGUCAAGGGAAUCCUGGAUGUCUUUGCCGCCUACAAGGGUGCUUCCCCCGUCGAGGUUGACGGCACUCUUGGUCUCGCUUCCGUCCCCGCCAGCCUGGAGCGUACCUCUGAGUUCAUGACCCACCCCGUCUUCAACACCCACCACUCGGAGACUGAGAUGCUCCGCUACAUCCGUCACCUCGAGUCCAAGGAUCUGUCCCUCGCUCACUCCAUGAUUCCCCUCGGAUCUUGCACCAUGAAGCUCAACGCUACCACGGAAAUGAUCCCAAUUUCCUGGCCCGAAUUCUCCCAGAUCCACCCUUUCAUGCCCGCCGCCCAGGCCAAGGGCUACAUCCAGAUGAUCGACGAUCUGGAGGCCCAGCUGGCUGAUAUCACCGGCAUGGCCGAGGUUACUGUCCAGCCCAACUCCGGUGCUCAGGGUGAGUUUGCCGGUCUGCGUGUCAUCAAGAAGUACCAGGAGGCUCAGGGUGAUGCCAAGCGCAACGUCUGCCUAAUCCCCGUCUCUGCCCACGGUACUAACCCUGCCUCUGCCGCCAUGGCCGGUAUGCGCGUUGUUACCAUCAAGUGUGACACCAAGACUGGUAACCUCGACCUUGCUGAUCUCAAGGCCAAGUGUGAGAAGCACAAGGACGAUCUCGCCGCCUUCAUGAUCACCUACCCCAGCACCUUCGGUGUCUUCGAGCCCGGUGCGAAGGAGGCCUGCCGCCUGGUCCACGAGUUCGGUGGCCAGGUCUACAUGGACGGUGCCAACAUGAACGCCCAGAUCGGUCUCUGCUCGCCCGGUGAGAUCGGCGCCGACGUGUGCCACCUGAACCUGCACAAGACCUUCUGUAUCCCCCACGGCGGUGGUGGUCCCGGUGUCGGCCCCAUCGGUGUGGCCGCCCACUUGGCUCCCUUCCUGCCCUCCCACCCGACCAGCGAAUACCUGCAGACCAAGCGCGGCAGCUCCUCCUCCCCGCCCAUCAGUGCCGCCCCCUGGGGUAGCGCCAGCAUCCUGCCCAUCACCUUCAACUACAUCAACAUGAUGGGCGACCGCGGCCUGACCCACGCCACCAAGAUCACCCUGCUGAACGCCAACUACAUCCUCUCCCGCCUGAAGCCUCACUACCCGAUCCUGUACACCAACGACCACGGCCGCUGCGCCCACGAGUUCAUCCUCGACGUCCGCGGCUUCAAGGAGACCUGCGGUAUCGAGGCUAUCGAUAUCGCCAAGCGUCUGCAGGACUAUGGCUUCCACGCCCCGACCAUGUCCUGGCCCGUGGCUAACACGCUCAUGAUCGAGCCCACCGAGUCCGAGAACAAGGCUGAGCUGGACCGCUUCUGCGAUGCACUGAUCUCGAUCCGUGCUGAGAUUGCCGAGGUCGAGGCUGGCAAGCAGCCUCGUGAGGGUAACGUGUUGAAGAACUCCCCCCACACCCAGCGUGAUCUGCUUUCCACUGAGUGGAGCCGUCCUUAUACUCGUGAGACGGCCGCGUACCCGCUGCCCUACCUGGUGGAGAAGAAGUUCUGGCCUACUGUUACCCGUGUUGAUGAUGCCUUCGGUGACCAGAACCUCUUCUGCACCUGCGGUCCUGUCGACGACACCGAAUAGAUAUAUGAUACCCACGUUGCGUUGUGAUUAAGAUUUAACUCUUUGGUCUGGUCUGGUCUAGAUAGACAGUCCUGGCCUUGCAUUUUUGCUAUUCGCGGAUUCCUUUAACUGGUUCCGCGCGGUGUUUUCCUUCUUGUGUAUACAUUCAACAUUUUUCAUUAUUCUUUUGGGCUUUAGCUUUUUUCGUGUAUCGCAUUAUGAUGAUGAUUUUUUUUGUGGUUGGGG